AUGGUGAAGGAGAUCGCUUUCAAGAACCAGGGGGGCACACAUCUCGAGAACGUUGAGAACGAGAAGGGGUUCGCAACACCAUCGUCGUCGUCCCAGAGUGACGCACCAUUUACCAUCGACCCAAAGGUCUCGGCUCGUCUGCGGCAUGCCAUCGACUGGAGACUCAUCCCCGCCCUGGGCGCCAUGUAUGGCAUCUCUUUGAUGGACCGCAAGAACGUCUCUAACGCUGCCAUUGCCGGUAUGCUGGUGGACCUGAAGAUGAACAGAGGCAUGGGGUACAAUCUGGUCAACCUGUGCUUCUUCAUCACCUACGUCCUUUGCCAGCCCUUCAUGGUCAUCCUAUGUAGGAAACUCGGGCCGCGUUUCUUUUUGCCAGGUAUCUGUCUUGCCUGGGGAGCUGUUAUAGUUGGCUUCGGCUUCACGAACAACUGGCCAAGCUUGGUUCCCUUACGCCUAGUGCUAGGCCUACUUGAGAGCGGAUACUUCCCAGGAUGUGUUUUUUUGCUUAGCUGCUGGUAUACAAAGUUCGAGAUCGGGAAGCGGUACAGCGUUUUCUACUUCAUCGGUAGCAUUGCAUCAGCCCUCUCCGGCAUUCUAGCCUAUGGACUACAGCAGAUGGAAGGCGUGAACGGUAUCCGUGGAUGGCGGUGGAUCUUCAUCAUGGAAGGCGUGAUCACGUGUGGUGUCGCCCUCUUUGCCUUCGUCUUCAUUGUCAAAUUCCCCGACCAGGAGAGAAUCAAGCCCUCGUGGGGCUUCCUGAAGAAACCGGGCGACAUCGACCUUGUCAUCGACAAACUCAACGCCGACCGCGGCGACGCCACACCUGAGGCGUUCUCCUGGAAGAGGUUCCUCGCACCAGCCACACAAUGGUACAUUUACGGCUUCGCCUUCAUAUUUUUCUGUGUAACCACCAUCGCAUAUGGUUUCGCAUUUUUCCUCCCAAUCAUCCUCAGCACAAAGCUCAAAUUCAGCGUUGCCAUGGCGCAAUGUAUGGGCGCGCCCCCCUACGCAGCCAGCGGCUUCAUGAUGUACGGCGCGGCGUGGUUCAGCGACAAAUACAAGACCCGGGGCCCCGUCGUCUGCUUCCUGUGCCUGAUCUCAUUAAUCGGGCUGCCCAUCAUGGGCUUCGUCGAGAACCCGUGGGGCCAGUACGUCGGCGUCUUCAUCACAGUCAGCGGCACCAACAGCGCGAUCCCGGCCAUCAUGGCGUACCAGGCCAACAACAUCCGCGGCCAGUGGCGGCGCGCGUUCUGCUCUGCGACGCUGACGGGCCUGGGCGGCAUUGGCGGCGUGGCUGGCGCGCUGAUUUUCAGGACCGCGGAUGCGCCGUCCUACGUCCCCGGUUUCGCGGCGUGUAUGGCGUGCAAUGUGCUCGUUAUUCUGACUACGGGCGUGCUGACGCUGUACUUUAGGAGGUGCAAUGCGCAGGCAGACCGUGGCGAGAGGGUUAUCAAUGAUGAUCCGACGUUCAGGUUUACUAUUUAG